UCUGAAAAUUGGAAAGGCAUGGUAACAAAUGAUAACACGUGGGUACAUUUGUCUCCUUAGAUUUGCAACAACACGCAAAUGUUUUUGCAAUGUCUUUGAAUUGAAGAUCGGCCCAAACUGGAGGCAACAAUCUGGCUGAAACUACUAGUUACUUCUUGAAAAUUAUCAAAUGAUUUUAUGGAUCACUUCUGUGCCUGAGUUGAGGAGGGAGCUAUGUUCCCCGCCUCCCUAAGCCAGGAGAGACCAUCCAUGGAGACAAAUUCAGCCUGGGGUUUGGAGGGAAGGGUGCAAACCAGUGUGUCAUGGCUGCCAGGCUGGGAGCAGCUACUGCCAUGGUAGCAAAGGUGGGAGAGGAUGUCUUUGGAGGCAACUUCAUUCAAAACUUCAAAGACAAUGGAGUCAAUGUCGAUCAUGUUCAAGAGACAAAAGAAGCAUCCACAGGCGUGGCCCCCAUUGCUGUCAAUCAAGAUGGUCAGAAUUCCAUAAUCAUAGUGAGUGGAGCCAACCUGAAGUUGACUGCAGCUGAUGUGAGGGAGCAUGAAUCAGUCAUAACUCAUGCAAAAGUUCUCAUCUGUCAACUAGAGGUGCAACCAGAAACUUCACUGGAGGCGCUGAGGAUAGCAAAACAGCAUGGAGUGACUACCAUCCUGAACCCUGCUCCAGCAGAAGCUACCCUGGAUCCAGAACUCUACAAGUUAUCUGAUGUCUUCUGUCCAAAUGAGACUGAGGCAGAGAUACUGACAGGACUGCCUGUCACAGCAGUAGAAGAGGCAGAAAAAGCUGCAGAUAUCCUGCUGCAUAAAGGGUGUAAGAAAGUCAUCAUCACACUAGGUGAGAAGGGCUGCCUCUGUAAGUCUUCCAUGUCAGAGAAAGGCAUCCAUGUUCCAGCCAGGAAGGUUAGCCCUGUGGACACCACAGGUGCAGGAGAUGCCUUUGUGGGCAGCCUUGCCUACUACAUGGCCUGCCACAAAGACCUGAGGUUGGAGGAGGCAAUACAGAAUGCUUGUCACAUCUCCUCCAUCAGUGUGUGCAGCCCGGGGACCCAGACAAGCUUCCCAUACAGGAAGGACCUUCCACAGGAACUUUUAUAAACUAAACAUGUAAUGAUAUGUUGUGCCAAAGGAAUUUUCAAUUCAAUUCACGUCAAUGAUAGGGUAUUCCAGAUAUGUAUUAUAUCAUAAGCUAUUACAGAUUACAAUUGCAGAUACCACUAUGUAAAGACUGUGAGGGGACUCUGAUCCUAAAAUAUUAGGCUUGAUAAACUAAUAGUAAUACAUUUUUGUAGCAAGU